GUCCAGCAACCUCCGAUCCAAGCUCUGAAGGCUGACGUGGCGAUGGUCGGAGACAAUCCCCCCUCCAGCAAGCUCUGAAGCCGCUCCCAAGCAUACCCUCCGUUCCUACGUGGCCAUGGCUGUCUUCAGAGCUCCCAAGCGCUCCACAAAUUUGUGGAGCGCUUGGGAGCUCCGAACUGGGGUGAAAUUUUGCAAAACCCCCCCCAACAAAAUAACCCAUUACCGCCGAAGAGGAGAUGGUCGUCGUGACCUGUGGCCGAAGAGGAGAUGGUCGUCGUGACCUGUGGCCGAAGAGGAGAUGGUCGUCGUGACCUGUGGUCGUCGUCGCCGAAGAGGACCGCGACAUUAAGAGGAGGAGGUGGUCGUCGUGGCCGAAGGGAUUGGGGAUUUUGGGAUUUUGGGUUGAAGGAGACGGAGAGGAAGACGAUGGAUUGGGGAUUUAAUUGGGUUCGGCUGGUUAUUUGAGUGAAAAGAAAUAAUGUAAUAAAGAUAAGAUGAAAAAGAUAAUGGAUGAGAUGGUAUUGAGAGCCGUUGUUGAAUUGAACGGUAAAAAAAAUGAACGUUGAGUGAAAAAUAUUGCCGUUGAGAUGAAAAAACUGGCAUGAACAGUAAAAAAUUCCUCUAUAAAUUCUCAAUUCACUCCACAAAGAUUUCCACACAACUCUCAAUUCUCAAUUCUCAAUUCUCUCAUAAAAAACUCUAUAGUUUCUUAUCAAAUUACAAAUCUCAUGGAUCCCUCCCAAAACUUUUAUUCAGAACUCCUUACCGGUGAAGGAUCGACCUUAUACCCGUCGUUCUAUACAGAAGGCGUAGAAGAAGGUCACCCUAUUGAGUUCUCGCAAUCGGCAACACAACAAGUGGCAUCCCAAGAAACACCGCCCACAAAGAAGAAGAAGGCUUACACGCGGUCCGAAAAUUGGACUGUCCACGAGGAUAAGCUUCUCGUGUCUGCUUGGCUGAACACGAGCCAAGACGCCAUCCAAGGUACGGGGCAACACAAAGAUAAGUUUUGGCACCGAGCUAACGACUAUUUUAUCCUAUACUCCACCGAUCCAACGAGCCGCACGCCAAACCAAAUGAUGCAUCGUUGGUCAACGAUUCAAUUGUCCGUCAACAAAUUUUGUGGGUGCGUUGCUCAGAUUGAAGGAAGACAAAGAUCUGGUACGGGAAUUAUUGACCAGACUGCAGAAGUAAAAGAAUUAUACCAAUCUCUUUAUGGUAAACCAUUCGUGUUUGACCAUUGCUGGGUUGAGUUGCGUCAUCAUCAAAAGUGGAUCCAACAAAUGGAAUCUGUCAAUAAGAUUCGAUCACAGCCGAGAAGAAUCGCUACCUCUGAUUCCUCACCAAACAAUUCCAUGCCAACGACCCCCAUCGGGUUGAACACUGACUCGGAUGAUGUGGUAGUAAGGCCUGAAGGGAGGAAAGCGGCAAAGCUCAAGAGGAAACAAAAUGUGGAAAGCUCUGGAUCCGCUACGUCCAUCAUGGGAGAGGCUUUCGCGUGGAUGAAGGAGACCACAAAUCAAAAAAUAGAGCUAAAACAAAAGAAACAAGAUGACGAUAUAAUGAAGAUGGAUCUCUCAACACUUAAUCCAGUUCAACGACGAUACUUUGAAAUGCGUCAGGCAGAGAUAUUGGAGAGGUGGAUGUCUAAGGGUUCUUCCUAA